ACCAUCACCACCGCUCUCGAGUUGUGUCCGUGGCCGUCCAUUCAAUUCCCACGCCUUCUCGGUGUUUGCGCCACUCAUUCGAUUGACGCCGACGUCCCCUCUUUUCCCCUUUGCUUUCGCCCACGAUGGCGUCCUUCAUAAACUCGACAGUGAUCGCUGGCGCGAACUCGACGGGCAGCUAUUUAACUGUCUUCGAAGAACUGUCCAAGUACAGCGUUCAGCUGAACUAUGCCGAGCGCCUCUGGGCUGCUUGGUAUCUCUGGAUGCAGAAUGACACCCUUGCGACCGGAAUCAUGAGCUUCGUCAUGCACGAGCUAGUUUACUUCGGACGUUCCCUCCCGUGGAUCAUCAUCGAUGCCAUACCCGCCUUCAACAAAUACAAGAUCCAAAAUCAAAAAGUCCCCACCUGGAAAGAGCAGUGGGAAUGCGCGGCCCUCGUUCUGCUGAGCCACUUCACCGUCGAGCUGCCCCAGAUCUGGUUCUUCCACCCCGUUGCCACCUACUUCGGCAUGGACUAUGGCGUCCCGUUCCCACCCCUAUGGAAGAUGGCCAUGCACAUUGCCAUCUUCUUCGUCCUGGAAGAUACCUGGCACUACUGGUUCCACCGCGCCCUGCACUACGGCCCGCUAUACAAGUCGAUCCACAAGCUUCACCACACGUACAGCGCACCGUUCGGCUUGGCAGCCGAGUACGCUUCUCCCAUCGAGGUCAUGCUCCUUGGAAUCGGCAUUGUCGGCUCUCCCAUCCUCUGGGUGUCGCUCAGCGGUGAGCUGCACCUGGUGACAAUGUACACCUGGAUCGUUCUGCGCCUGUUCCAGGCCAUCGACGCCCACAGUGGUUACGAUUUCCCCUGGAGCCUGCGCCACUUCCUGCCCUUCUGGGCCGGCGCCGAUCACCACGACCUCCACCAUGAGCGUUUCAUCGGCAACUAUGCAUCGAGCUUCCGCUGGUGGGACUACUGCCUGGACACCGAGGCCGGCCUGGAGGCAAGCAGGAAGCGCAGGGAGAGGAAGCUGGCCCAGAUCAAGGCGAAGUCCCAGUAAAUGAGGAGGUUCCCGUGCGACAGCCGGGCUACAAUGGGCUGGCCCGCAGGUUCGGCGUGGCAGGGUCUCUUACCGAAGGCAAGAAGGCCUUGCGGAAGUUGGAGCGCCCGGAAUAAGAAUACAGGGCGGGAGAUGUAUGAUGACGAAGAAAUGCCGGGCGGAGAUUGUCUCCGCGACACUCGGGGCCGCUCGUGCGGCGACACUGAGAAAAGCACAUCCGAUAGGUGUUCGCGACAUUUGAUGUUUUACCGGGUACAUAUUGAGCCGUGGCGGUUGCUAUGAUGAUACACUAUAUUAAUUAGACUAAUAAUACAAAGAAG